CCUGCCAAACCAUACCUGACAAACUCCCCGGCAAAGAGAAGCGGCGAAACAGACUGAGGGUGCACGGAAAAUCUCCCGGAAUUUGAGAUUUCAAUCAUUUUGCAUCUCUGAAUAUUUCCGACUCAGCACUCCAAGAAUGAAGGGUUAUCUGAAAACCUCAGAGGGGGCAUUCAUGUUACGAAACAAGAGCACAACGGUGGGGAGGCAUGAAGACAGUGAUCUGUGUUUGCAGACAGGGGGGGUGGAGGAGCACCAUGCCCUGAUCGAGUUCAGUGAUUUGGAGGGCAGCUUUGUGCUCCGAGACUUCAACUCCUACCACGGCUCCUUCGUCAAUGACUGCCGGAUCCAGAACGCUGCGGUGCGCCUGGCCCCGGGAGACGUGCUCCGCUUCGGCUUCGAGGGGCCCUCCUACGAGCUGGUGGUGGAGAACACACCCUCGCUCUCCUGCCCACCAGUAUCUCAGCGCACAGCUUGGCAGGGACACCUCCAGAUCAUUAAGGACCCCAGACUGCCCCCUUCCCCAGCACCUCUCUCUCAACUGCCCUCCCUGCAGUCCCAGCCCUCCUCAUCGGCUCCCUGGACCCAGGGGGGACCCCCGGGGGCCAUACCUCACCCGCCCAUCAGGACCCGGCCUGCUAGCGCUGGAAACAGGAGAGGGGGGACGCUCGUGAACUCUGUAGAGUAUGGAGUGCCCUCUCUCAGAACAGGAAACUGGACGAGCAGUGCUGGAGUGGGGCGCGCAUUCACAAACGGGUCCCAGUCUCUCUCACCUCAGGCCCUCGAGCUCUUGCUUCAGGAGAAGGAGCAGAGGCUUUUGCGGCAGGGAGACGAGGUAAGCAGGCUGCAGGUGUUCGAGGGGGAGUCGCGGCGCAAGGACGCGGUUAUCGCCAGCCUCCGGGACGAGAUUGCUGCUCUGAAGCAGCAGCUGGCACAGGUCCGCGGAGACACAGAUAUCAUCCACACACUGAAGACACUGGAGAGCAAGAAAGAGGAGAUCCAGGAGCUCAAGGAACAGAUGAUCAAGCUCCAGACGGGCUCAAGUGAAGUCCUGAGGCACGCCUUCAGUGAGAGAGACCUGGAGAUCAGCAGCCUGAAGAACGAGAACGAGAGGCUCCGCAGAGACAGCUCCAUGUCUGCAGGGCUGGUGACCAGUCUGCAGCGGGACAUCUCUGCCCGGGAGCAGCAGGUCACGCGGCUGGGCGGCGAGGUUGAGAAGCUGCACAAGCAAAUCCGCGAGAAGGACAUUCAGCUGGCAUCCAUGUCCGCCAAGUUUUCGAAUAGGAGGGAGACAAAGAAACACGAAGAGGAGCUGGUGGCCCGAGAAACUGAAGUGGUCGCUCUCAAAAAAUGCUUGCAGCAGAUGGAUCAGCGAGUGAAGGAGCUGGAGGCUGACACUGAGAAGCAUCACUCCGAGGCAGACAGGCUGGCCCAGGACAGACAGGCCCAGGCCCGGCUGCAGGAGGAGCUGGAGAGAGGCAGGCAGCAGCUGCAGGAGACAGGGCUCCAGGAGCAGCUCACCAGGGUACAGCUGGAGCAGACACAAGCCCGGCUGGAGCGGUUCCGCAGUCGAAUCAUCCAGACCACCUACACUGCUCCGGGCGUCCCUGCUCCCAACGAGGCUGUCUCCGAUCAAGAGGUUAUUGAACAGAUGACGAAGAUCAUUGAGGAGAGAGCACAGCUUAAAGAGGUGGUGCGGGAGCUACAGAAGCAGCUGGAGGGGAAGACCUCUGAGCUGGACGAGAGGGCGGCCAACGCAGACAAGCUGAAGAACACGCUAGAGGAAUGCCAGACCCGUCUGAAGGAAGCCCGCUUGACGCCUGCUCUGAAGAGAGAGGUGGAAGCUCUGCAGCAGCUGUGUGUCGACCCGUCCCUGAGUUGGGUCCAGAGAGUGGCUGUGGAGAUGCUGCUCCGGGAGGUGUCAUGGCAACAGGAGGUGGAGCAGGCCCUGCAGGAUGCUGGGAUUGAUGUGCUCAGCAACACAGAAGGAAUCCUGGGCUGUAUCAAGAAGUUGUGGCAGCGCCACCAAGAGGCAGAGGAUAAGAGCAGCGCUUUGCAGGCCCGUCUGGAGGAGCUGCAGGGUUCCCAGGAUGCUUUGCUGCAGGAAAGGGAGGAGAUGCUGAUGAAGGAGCAUGAGAACCAGCGGCAGGAUGAACUGAAACGCUUGAAGGAAGCAGCAGAGGAGCAAAGCCAGCAGUGUCUUGAAGAGGCCGUGAGGGUGGAGCGAGAGCGCAUGGCAGAGGAGCGCAGGAAACUGGAGGUGAUGGAGAGUCACUACAGAGAGCUAACAGAGUUGAUGGCAGCAAAAUCACAAGAAGAGGAGACUUUGAAAUCAAGACAGAAUGAGCUCACUCAAGCACUGGAGUCAGCCAGGAAAACAGAGGUGGCGUUGCGGGCGGAGGUGGAGGAGGAGAGGAAGAAGCAGCGAGAGGAGACUGCCCAGUACAGGGAGCAGGUCCGACAGCACUCCUGCACUAUCGUGGCUCUGGAGGACAGGCUGCUUAAGCUCAGCCAGCAGCAGGGGGCGCUGGAGGUGGAGAGGACAGCACUGCGAGACAGACUCAGAGAAGCUGAGAAGAAGCUGGAGAGCAGACAGCCUGCCCCUACUGCCCCACCAACCCCAGCUCCCUCAGCCCCAGCAAUCCCCCCGCAGCUUGUUGCUCUCAGGGCAGGGUUAGCGGAGGCCCAGCGGGAGAUCCUGUCGCAGAGAGACGUCAUCGUGAGACUCAGCAGCGACCUGGCCAGGGCGAAUGCCAGGAUGUCAGACAUGACAGGAGAGCUGAGCGAGAAACAGAAGAUGGAACUGGAGCAGAACCGAGCCAUCGUGAGGGACCAGAGGACUGAGCUGAGCACGCUCAGAAAGCAGCUGGCAGGGAUGUCGGAGCUGGUGGAGAAGAAGAAAGCAGAGCUGCAGAGUGCAGUGGAGGAACUCCGGCACUGUAAGGCUGAUCUGGAGAGGCAGCAGAUCAUAUUGAAUGAGAAGGAAUCUCAGUGCGAGAAGCUUGAGGAGGAACCCAAAGGAGAGGAGAGAGACAGCCAGAGACCCGGACAUACAGAGGAGAGGAUUGCUACGACUGAUCUUGCAGACCAAGGGACAAAGUGCAGAGGUCACCGGCACGAGGAAGUGAUCCAGCGGCAGAGGGAAGCUUUGGCAGAACUGAGAGAGAGGAUCAAGACAUUGGAGCAGACGAGACCCCUGUUGUCCAGUCAGGAGCAGGCGGUCCAGCAGGUGGCGAUCAUGAGGAGGGAGCUGGCGGAGCUGAGGGCACAGCAGGCCAUUUCAGACAAUCAGAACCAGGGCACUGUUUUCGGGAGCAGCUGGCUGACAAAAACAUCUGAAGGCCAUCCCCCUGGAGGAAUGUCUGAGGCCGCUGUGGAGAGAACCUCCAGGCUGGACUUGUCAGAAGCUUUGGACCUGAGUGAGAGAACGUAUCUGGACCUGGUGCGAGCCCUGGCCAGCCUGCUGAAUGUGGGAGAUCUGCCGGGCUCCUCGUCUCUGAAGCACGCUCCGCCGGACGAGAGGGAGCGGCUCAUCUCCCAGAGGCACACAGACCUGGAGCUGCUCCACACGCGCCUCCGCCUCCUGCAGAGCCAGCUGGAGCGCAAGGAGGAGCUGCUGAGCGGAUACCAGAGAGACCUGGAGCAGCUCCGGCAGAGCCAGGAUGUGGUGCACAGACAGCAAGUAGAAGUGGAUCGGCUGAGGGAGGAGCUCCAGGGACAGAGCCAGGAAAGCGCCCUGCUUCGAGAGGCCCUGGACCGGGCCCAGCAGAGACUUGACCAGGAGAAGAGGCUCAACAAGGCCAUCAAGGAGCGCAAGACUUUCCACUUGGAGCAGCUUGAGAAGAGGAGUGUGAAGACUCCACCUCACAGCUGUGUGCAGGAGGACAUGCGUGGAAAGGCAGAAGCAAAGAAGGCAGCCCUGCAGGGAAAGCUGAAGAAGAAGGGCUACGAGAUUGAAACCCUGAAGAAGCAGCUUAGCAAACAAGACCAGGAACUGUGCAGCACAACCACUAAGCUGGUCAACCUGCAGAAUGCACUGGGUGUAAAGUAGAGAAGAUAGCUGGAGGAAAGAUCGAAUGAACUUCGGACAUCUGGGCUCUGAGACUGACAGCUGAAGCGGCACACUACAAACAUCAGACUUGGUGUGAAAACUGUGCUGUGACACACCCAUCCGGAAACAGCACACUGCAAACAUCAGACCUGGUGCACAAACUGUGAGGCCACCAUGCUGGUACAGUAGAAUCUCAGAGUUACGAACACCAUGGGAAUGGAGGCUGUUCGAAGGCUGAAAUGUCCGUAACUCUGAAAAUUAAUUUUCAAUGAUUUUAAUAAAUGUGUACACCUGUUAUCUACACCCUCAAUCUGGCAAAAAUAUAAGGAUAUAGAACAGUAAUGCAAUACUCAUUGUUAUGGUUUGAUAGGCUUUAAAACUGUACUAUGCAUGGGACUAUACAAAUUCAACUUACUAUUUAAAUCGUAACAGUAGCAGAAACACAGAUUUAAACGUCCAGGAAAACCUGGGUUAACUUAAUUCUUGUCUUUAUUUUAUUUUAUAUAUUGUUCAGUUAUUCAGACUCCUUUGGCUUGAAAACUGUGCUUUGUUUAAAAAUAAAAUGUUUGAAGCAAAAUUGCUUUGAUAUCUGCCUCACCUUUGUCUAGGUACAUUUGUUGGUACAGUUAUUUUGCCGCCCUUCAUGACCAGCACACGGCUUAUAGGCGUGCCUAUCUCGCAUGGUUGAGGGGUUGCAUAUGUAACUGGUCAGGAUGUAAGUUUGGUGUUCGUAACUCUGGGUUGCUACUGUAGUUCCA